UUUGGGAGUCAACAGUGCUCUCAUUGUUCGCUUGGCUUCGAAUGGCAUCUGAUAACGGAAAAAUUCCGUCGCGAACGUCCUUCUUUCAUUGUAUAUGUCUUCUUCUUUUCCUUGUGCUUUUGACACAAUGCGGAUGGUCGCUGUUUCAAUCAUACACUACUUGUACGAUGCGAUCGUCAGUGACAAAUAAUGUAUCCCAUGAGCAAUCAUGCCUUAUGUAUAUUUUGCAUCGUAUAUGCCCCAUUUGUAGAUUCACUAUUGUAAUGAUAUGCGUCAGAGGUUGUAAUCCUGUAUACAAUGUGUCUUGUCCUCCCAUGCAGAUAACGCAGGAGCCAUCCUUGCCAAUUAAGGUCACAGUGCACAUUGUCAUGGAUUGACAAAAGAAUACUCAAGAAGAUGAUAGAAAAAAUCUAGCGCCUUCUACAACGCGCCAUGGGAUUACAUACCGGAGAUCCUUUCUUUUUUUCAGUUUCCGGGUUUCAGGAGUAACUCGAUACGCCAUUGUCGGUUCUUUGCAAUUAUGGGAAGCAACUAUCCCAAAGGGCAGCGCCCAGUGAGCGAGUCUGCUGAAAAUGCUCCUCAGCUAUACUAUGCUCAUU